AUGCGUGUGUUCUCCAAACCUACGGCGGCGCUGGUUCCGAAGCACGAGGAAGUCGAUAUCGUCGCUGCUGUCUCGCCUUCGAUACCGUCGUCUCUCUCCGUCACCUCAUCAAGUCUCAAGGAGAUGCGAGAGGAGCCGCGGUGGCGCCGAGUUGAGGCCGCCGACGACGUGCGCGUUCAGCAACACGGCGCCACGUUGGUGUCCACGUCCCCGCUGACGUCGCCGCUUCUGCUCCAGCCGAAUCGAGAGGUAGUGGGGCUGGGCAACUACACAUCGAGAGGGGCCGAGGAGUCUGACGAAGGCAGCGUGAGCACGACCGUCACCUCCAACACGACUGGCCGUGUUGGACCCGCUGGAAACUGCAGGAGCGGAACUCCCCACUCCAACAGCUCCUGCGUGCUGGACUUGACGCCAUUCCUUGAGAGCGCCGAUGCCGACCGGGACGACCGCGGCAGCAAGUGGGAUCACACCGCCGCUUUUGGCAUCACCACGCCGGCGACCUUGCGGAUAUCGACUUACCACACGACCGCUGACAUCACUACCGAUCACACGAGGAGCAGCAACACCAGCAGCAGCACCUACUCGCAUCUUGGAGAUGCGCGGCAGGAGCGGGAGAAGAGCUCGCCAGGUGCAGGCACAGCUACCACAUCCAAAGCGGGAAUGACGCCACCUUUCUUACCCUCUCUCUCGUCCGACUCGUUGUCGCGCGCUAUGCUGAGCGUGAGGAGAUCCUCCCCUGAGCUGGUGAGAUGCGGGGACGGCACGACACGACAGCUCUCUCGCAAGUACCUACAGGACUCUAAUCCUGGGUGCGGCGAUUGCGGUCGCUGCACUGGACCGGUGGCAGGCACCGCUACGCCGACGACGGCGCCGUCUACCGGCCUUCUUUUCCCCUCUUACGUGGUCUGCUUCCAGGGCCACAGCGCCACGUCUAUCAGUGACAAGGGCGGGGACAGCUCGCUGCGUCUCCGUCCGCGCCGAUGCCGCGGCGGCAGCAGCUGCGGCUCGCACGAGCACUGGAUCAUGAAGCCGCGACUUAGCGGCGUCAACGCGGUCCUGCUAAAGAGUGCACCCGCAUCCGGCGAGCCUCAUCUCUUCCGCCAGGCGCUCGCUGCCUUUCAGCUGUGGGACACCCUACUGCGCCUGGAGCUGCACAGCAACAGCGCAGGUGGCACGUACAUGGUGCGACUUGCAAGGCCGUCGUCCCCAUCGUCGACUGCGACUUUCGCGGCGACCGACAGCGACAGCCGUGGUGCCGUGGUGGCUGUGUUCAAGCCGUGCGACGAGGAAAUCGGCCAGGAGAGCAACCCACACGCGAAUCGUCAAAGUGACCGCGCGGAGACGUUUGCCCCCGGCAGCGGCAGUCGGCGUGAGGUGCUCGCAUACCUCCUCGAUCACGGACACAACGCCGGGGUGCCGCCGACGCUGGAGGUGGCAUCGGCCUACUGGGUCGGGGUGGGUGCGACAACAGCCAACAGCAAUGGGGGUGGUGGUGCUGCUACCGCGGACGCAUCCGUACGCACACUGGGCGCGGUGACAGGCGGUGGAGAUGCCCCUGCGAACGGCGGCCUUCGAAAUUCACACACGGGUGGGACAGACUGGCGAGGUAUCGGCGCUGGCGAUGAUGACAGUGUUGCCGCUCGAGUGGAAGCAUCCACGCACCUCCGGAUCGGCAGUCUGCAGCUUUUCGUUCCUGACUGUGAAGAGGCCGCGGACGUUCUCCCCGGCCACUUCGACGUCGACGAGGUGCACGCGCUUGCCAUCUUCGACAUCCGCACCCUGAACGGCGACCGACACGGCGGUAACGUACUUGUCUGCAACUAUCACCGGUGCCGAGACGGAAGAAGGCCCGUCAUGGCACGUCGUCCGCGGUGCGCCAGUCCAGCUAACGCCACAGAGAGCGACGUGGCUGCAUCAUCGCCUUCUGUGCCUUCGACAGCGGCCCGAUCGUCACCUGAGGUGUCCGCGAUCAUCACCACGGCCAAGGAAGACGCUCCGCACUUGAUCCCGAUUGACCACAGUUAUAUCUGCCCGUCCGGCUACGCCGAUCCGGACUACGAGUGGCUGUCGUGGCCCCAAUCCAAGAAGCCGUUCUCGGCGCGCAAUCUGGCCUACAUCGCCGCCUUGGACGCAGUGGCAGAUGCGGAGUUGGUGCGAUCAGCGCUCCUCGCACGCAGCAGCGUCUCCACCCGCGAUGUGUCGACGCUGCGAGCAAGCACAGGCUGCAACGGCUUUGAGAUGACAGAGAGUCCGCCAGAUGCUGCGCUGACGUCGCUGACGCGCGAUGAUGCUCAGCAUGCCCAAGCAGCCAUGCUGGGCGACGCGGCGGUAUGCUCUCCUGCGAUGGUUGAUGCAGCGAGUGCAGCGCUCGCGUCGCGUCACCUUCCACAGCACUUCUGCGGCCAUGGUGCUGCCGCCGCGAGCGUGGACGUUCUCCGGAGGCUCUCGCCUCUGCAGACGGUGUCGGCCAAAAAAGCGGCGGCAGCGACAACCAGCGCGGUUGCAGCCUCGGAGGCGGAGGGUGCUGCAACCGCGAGGAAAAUCAGCGCCAUGGAUGGUGACGCUGAAGCCCCCUCCACCCUGACGCAUGUGCGCACUUGGGAUACGGCAGCUGUAGAGCUCAUGAUGAAUUUCGACCGAGGCGAUGAUUUGAGCAUAGAGGCGGUGCACAACGACGGUGCUGCUGCCCGUGCUCGUGCAACGUCGACUGCGUGCUCGGCAUCUUCGUCCUCCUCCACUCCAUCCCUUCAAGCGUUGCAUCCCAGGUCACGCCAGCGUGUAUCCGACUCUGUUGCGUACGACUGGGACGCGGCCAACACGGCGGCAGAGGUGAUGCGAUGCACGACGCGCCUGCUACAGAUCGCAGCCCUUGAGUUUCACAUGACGGCGUACGAGAUCGGAAGUCUCUGCCGGCGUCCGCGCGUCACGCAGGCGUCGGUGCUGGAGGAGGUCCUCGAACAGGCGAGAGAUGAGCAGACGUGGGAGCCGGUCUGGUCCAGGUUCGACGAUGUUGUCCGGCAGCGGCUCGCUGACCUCAGCACGUCUGGGCAGUAA